AUGACGUCUGGAAAACGUGAGAAAGGAGACUUCAUCAGUUGUAUUCUGUCACCGAAAGGAGAAUGGGCAUAUGCUAUUGCUGAAGACGGUGUCAUGUAUUGUUUCAUGGUGCUAUCGGCCACACUUGAGACAACUCUUCCCGUCACCGAACGUCUUCCAAUCGGACUCAUCCACCAUCCACAUCAAAAUCUAAUUGCCACCUACGCAGAGGAUGGACAUUUGAAAUUAUGGACUGAUUAA